UAAAUCUUUUCCUUUUUUAAACAAACCCGGAAGCGGAAUAGCAAAGAAGAAAAUCGCGGGAAAAUUUGACAGCGUUGAAAAUGGCGAAGACCAAAAAUCGGAUAGUAAAGGAGAAGAAACAGGCAAAAGGAAAGAAAAAUGUGAAUACAAGUCCAGCAUCAGGAAUAACUAAGCAGCAGACGAAACCUGCUGGCGGUAGAAAACAGCCAAAAUCUUUGUCAGAUAUGAGGAGUAAACAGUAUACUAUUGGAACUGCUGCAGCUGAUUCUAAUGUGAAUUACUACAAGUUUACUGGGAAACAGACAAAGAGCUGGAAACCAAUGGGGAAACAGCUGAAAGAUUACCUCUAUCAUUUGAUUGACAGUAGUGUACGAACGGUAGGUAGUAAACCAAAGUUUUCAGACAAUGAUGAUGUACAGACACUGUUAAAUGAGUUAAAAUUACAACUGAAAGCAAAGAUGCACACCAUUAGAGUACCUCAUAAAAGACAUGGAAAUUACAGCAAAAUCAAAGCACAAACAGAUGAAUUAAACGCAGAGUUAGAAAUGUUAACCAAUCAACAACUUCAGCUGGAAAAAGCAAUUAGAGAGGAAGAAAGAGCAAUAGAAAACCUGGAAGAUAUGGAAGAUGCAAGAGUCCCUGUACAGCUUAAAAUUAAGGUACCAGAGGACACGUUAGAUCUGCCGAAAAUGCCGGAAACUAAAUCUUGAAACAAUUAGGUGAUUGAUAACUCCAAGGCAUAUUCAUUAAAACAUUAAGACUUAAAUCCUGUGAUAAGAUCAAAAACAAUAUUUUUUCUUCAGAUUUUUAAAUGUUACAAGCUUAAAUAGUGUGUAUUCUCUUUACAGGUUUGCUUUGAAAUAUGUUGAUUGAUAAGACUGGAUAUUUAAGUAUUUAAGGCCAGCAUCAGCACUUUGUGCUAUUAAACUUUUAUGUAAAUGUGUCUGGUUUAUAAAACAUACAAGUAUGAAACAUAAUGUUUGAUGGAGUGUGCUGUCUGUGGCCAAGUGGUUCAGUUCAUAUUACUUCAAAUCUCCACCCCUCACUGCUAUGGAUUUGAAUCCUGCCAGGGACUUGGCAUUAUUUUAUGUGAGGAAGCU